ACACCGGACCUCAGCCGCCUGUCAUCGCUCGAGCUGACAUCACCCACGCACACACACACAUACGGGAGGAUUUGCCACAAUGUCAAACAUUCGCAGGCAGCGCGAGCUCCCGGCUUCCCCGCGCCACAAUGAGAAGCGUCGCCGCGUUCUGCUGCUCAUCCUCUAAAUACAGAAGUCCAUUCACUUCUUUAUGGCUUUAUUCCAAUGUUCCUGCACAGGAUGCGCAUGAGCAGGUCUACGUGAGUGCGUGAGCCGGGUCGGAGGCCAUGCUGCGGACAGAAUCUGACCCCCACGGCCUCUUCUCCUCCGGAGAGACGUCCGACAAUGACUGUGAGAUGGGGGCGAGUUGUGGAGAGGUGGAUGUAGUGUGUCUGUGCGAGGCCGGUCCCUGUACACUUUAUUCUGAAGCACACGCGCCCACGCCGGACACAGUGCUGUGUGAGCACUGUGGGAAAAACAGGGUAAUGAUGACCAGGUACUCUGAGGGAUACGGCACAGAGGAGGAGUGCGUAUUGUCUGACCCUCAGGGGGAGAGCGAUGCAGACGCUGAUAUAGAGGACACAGAUUGCAGACUCCAGGAGCCAUCAGGUUCUCUCCAGCGAAUCAGCUCGCGGAGACGCAAGCGACCGCAGGUCGCGCGCCAAGACACCACCGAGAGCGAGGACGACGGCGGGCGAAGCCACAGGUCGCACCGCUGGAACCUCAGGCUCAGUCCUGACAGAGCGCACAGCAGGACCAUACUGGAGGAGAGCGUAUCACAGGUCAGGCCACUGGUCAUCUGCCGGCCAAACGCGGAGAGGCCGGUGGAGCUUCCCCGAGGCUCCAAACGUCUGACGUCUUUGUGGCCGUCUUCCCUCUCUCUCCCUCUCGCCCUCCUCCUCCUGCUGCCUCUCUCCCUCUCCCUCGUCAUCGUUAUCGUGUCUCUCCUUCGACCGUGGGCCAGCGCUUGACGCGACACUUCCGCUUCAAGAGGAUAGUUUCAUUACAAAAAAGCUCCACUCACUCCCACAGUGCAGUGGGUGGCACAACAAUGUAAACAGAAAUGAUGGUGCUUUACAGAGGAUAGUAAGUUAGAUAUGCUUUAGUAGACGUAACCAUCCAUAUUUUUUUUUUCCCUCCCAGAAUACACAGAUUUUAAACUUUAUUAUAUCCAGAGAGGCACAGGUUCAAAUACAUUCACUCUCUGCACAUCCAGAAUCUGUUCACGACGGGAAAAAACGACAUAAACUCAGCCCUCGCUAUUGCCUCGUGAAAUCUCACCUUCCGUCUCGCUUUCUCACCCCCUCGUUUGUAAAAAUAGACCUGGACUCGUCUCACUCCUUAUUCUAAUGAGCCACAGGAGUGAGACGCAGGGGGAGAAGGUUCCAGGGCUUCACGGGUACAUUCAAAACGUAAUAAGAUAAAAUAAAAACAGUCUCAGUGGGAACAAGACGAUGCUGCUGAACUAUGCAAAGAAGAAGUCUCCUAUUUCUUUGGCACUGUCGUCACCUUUUUGGCCCCGUCCCUUUUCUCUUUGGAGGACAGGGAGUUAGUUUUAAAAUAGAGCAUGAACCAAUUGACAAAGCAAUAGCAGAAUAGAUCUGAUACAGCUCAUGAUCUGGCAGUACAUCUGUUGGUUUAAUGAGUAGAUUACAUGUAUACUUUUACUUGUUGCAGACAUAUUUACAAAAAAGAUGGAUAAUUCUUCCUCUUCUUCUUCUUGGACUCGUGUGUGUUUUCAGUCAAAUAUACCGACCUCACAAUAAAAUGAGCUUUUAAUUAUGUUCAAGCAAUUCAAACAGUCUUACAGUUGUUUACUAUUAUAUUGAAUAAUGAUAUUUAUGUUUUAUCUAUAUUUAUGAAUUAUUAUUUAAGAAGGAAAUUGAGCUUGACAAUCAGUCACGCUACUCAUUCCAAGCUGAAAUAGUUGGAAUAAAAGCCGUGGCGUUCUCUGUAUUGUAUGUUUUGUUGUUUUUGUAUGUUUUUGAAAGUUGUGAUUUUUUUCUUUUCCACAGUUUCUUGCAUCCUUCUUGCAAAAUGUUCAUUCCCAAUUAAGAUCAGGUUGUACGUAUCAGUAUGAGUCAAUCCGAUUCAUGUUCAGCAACCUUUUUCUUCUUCUAUCUUUCAGCCUGUUGCCUGUCUUAAAUGUAUCUCCAUGUGUGUGUGUUCACUUUUGUGUUUCAUGGAGUCAUAGAGGUUCAAUAAAACUAGAUUGUAUUUUGA